AUGUGGCCGGAAACGCAGCCCCAGGAACACAAGGAGAACCAGUGGGAACAUUACGUGCACGUGCUCGGCGUGAAGAUCGAAAUGCUACCGCCAUACUGCGGCACGGAGUGUCUAGCCCAGUCUUUCUGCCCUGGGCUCCCCAAGCUACGACUUCAACCUCUGAGCGGCCAGCCCAUUUUGUCCUGGUGCUUCGGCGCCCACCCGCUGCACCUCCACGGCUGUGCCCUCGGCCUGCCUGCGGGCCUCGCCGCUGCCGCGGUGCUCGCCUGGCACUUCUCUGGCCGAGGCCUGGCACUGCUGCGCAGUGCCUGGGAGCCGUGGAGGGAGCGCAGCAGGCGGCCCUUCACGGCCGUCUCGUCGGGCGCGCCCGAGCCCGCGGGGGCCGCCGGGCUCGGUCGUGGCGCGCGAGCCGUCGGGCUGGCCACCGCUGGCCUCGCCGAGGGCUCCCGCCUCGGCCUCGGCGCGGCGCGGCAGAGCGUAGAGCUUUCUGAAGAGCUCGUGGGCGACGGCGGCCGGGUUGGGGGUGCCGAGCCCCACUCGCCCGGUGUGUCCCGCGCCUUCUCGCACCCGAGCCUCUCCGAGGGCGAGGGCAACACCUUGCUGGACCAGACGUGGAAGAUGUCGACCUCGAGGGCAAGCUGCUCGGAGUUCCUCGAGAAGGCGCGAGCGCCCAUGGCCACCGAGGAGUUCGAGCGGAUCCUCAGGACCGAGCGGGAGUACUGGUCGGCCAGCUGCCUCGAG